UGGGCGGAGCGAAGCUCGGAACUUGGGCGGGCCGCAACUUUUCUUGUAAUUUUAAUUUAUAUUAGUUUAUAUCUGGUUGUACUUUUGAUUUCCACUGUCUUUGGUGUUUCGGGAUAGCAAUAAUGGAAACAAUAUUUAUGUUUUUCUCUUCUAAAAAUAUGUGUAAUGCAGAAUUUGUGGACCAAAGAGAUUGAAUUGAAGUCAGUUUAUGUAUAAGCAAAAAGUAAAAACGAAGUCAUAAUUGACAUAAUUCAGUCAUUUGCUCAAAAAGAAAAAACAGGAUUAAAAAAAUACGCUGUUUAAAAAUGCGUUCGUUUCAAUGUGUGAUAAUCAUGUAUAUUCACCAAUUAUGUGGCGCAAAAGACACGCUUCCCUUAUUUAUUUUGGAUUACGACAACAAUUUGGGGGAAUUGAUGGUUGACACGAAUCCGUUCGCGACCAUCAGUAGCGCUAUAUUCGGCGAAAUCGUGGAAGACGCGGUAAAGCAUUGCUCCGUGAUAAUAAUUUUCGUCGAAGAUCAAUUUUGUACCGAAGAUGUGAGUGGUAAAGACAAAUUGGGGACUCCAUACGUCAAUUUAAGGACCGCGUUAUUGCAAAAUAAAGUUAAAUAUUUGCCAAACGUUGUAAAUCCAUUGAGUGUACUCUUUCGUUUCAUGCCGCCUGCUGAAUCCAAUGCUUUUGUGUUGAGGAGCGGAGAACCAAUCCAGAUACCUGAAGGAUUGCCUUUUUACUAUAUAUACUUUAAUGACUAUGAUGGUUCGAGGGUGGAGACUUUACGCCGUCAUGACGUCAUAAUGCAUGACAUUUUUGAAGAAACUCGAAUUAUUUCGUCAACCGCUCUCGGCAUAUAUACAGGCAGACAUAAUCCAAUCGUGCUGGCCAAAUAUGGCCGUGGUGGGCAAUCAACUUUAAAAAAUCAAAUGUAUAUGCCACAGCGGGGAGUGUAUUUGGCGUCAGAGGGAGCUCUUUUCCAUUUUGUCGGUUUGAGUAUAGAAAUGGCAACACAUAAGCGCCGUGCUGAGUUUAAAGACGUUCCGAACGUAGCGUCCGAGCUGCGCUCCGUGACGAGCCCCGACACGGAGCACCUCCGAACCAACAUCGAGUACCAGGGUUUGCAGAUCAAGUUCUCCUUUAGAUUGUCCGAGGAAUUCUGGACCCUUGACAAUGUGACGCUGAUCGACGGCGGCGAAGACAUGGGCACCACCGUUCUGGGCGUGAACGUUCCGAUCGGCAGGUCCUACUACUGUAAUGAACCGCUAAUCAUUGUCAACGAGAAUGAUAAGAGCUACGUCAGAAUCCCUGAGUACCAGGUUCAGCCGUUUAGGGCCAGGGCACGCCGUGUCCCAGAAGACGUUGUUCCUUUCCAAGGACCGCCCCCGCCGGGCCCAAUGAAUCCAUCAAACCCGGCUUGGAUUGCGCAGGCGGUCGCCAACUCAUCCAAUACGAAUUUCAGUAGCGCCACAAAAUGCAACCCAUACUUCAAUGUAAGAAUUCUGACAGGUUUAGUGGUCACGGGCGUGUGCUUGAGUAUUCUGUUUGUCGGCAUUUCCGUCUUGUACAAUUGUUCAGGCAACGACCAUUUUGACGACCCUCUUGCCAAGCAGCUUGUGAUUGCUGCUUCGGAGUAGGUAGGCUGUGGAAGAUGACACUGCAGAAAUAUGAAUAUUUUAUCAUAGACUAGCAGCCCAUCCCGGUUUCAGUUGCGUACCUAAAACUAUAAAAAAGUGCCCAAUGUCACGUCUGAACGUUUGUUUAUCUCUGUGCCAAUUUCAUAGAUGAGUUUAUUCAUCACAAACAAAAAUACAAAUAUUUUCUCUUUAUAAUAUUUGUAUGGAUAUGGAUGCGCAAUGUGGGGCCUGACAUAAGCCCCGUAAAGAUGAAGACUCUCGCUCACUCACUAGCCCUUUUCCAAGUUUGACUUUAAGGCAAUAACCUACCGAUUCCGCCAAAGUUUGGCAAACUGUUCGACGACAGUGUGGAGCUGGAACCGGCCUUGUUCAAUUGUCUAUUACCUACUUACUGAAACAUUAUUGUACGAUGUCCUGUCGCUAACUGAUGAAAACCGAAUGUACUUAGAUUGAUUUUUUAGAGCAUAUUCUUGAUAAAUAUAUUGAAUAGAAAUAUUUCAAUGACUGAUUAUGAGUACAGUAUUAAAACAGAGAAAGAAGUACCUACCUGAUAUUUAUAAUUAACAAGAAUCAUACAUAUAUACAUUAUAGCGUUAAUUAUUCU